GCUGAAAUCCUCCUAAGUAGAAACCAGUGGGAAGAAGAAGUGACAGGGAGGAAGGAUGGACUCCAUCUCUAUGCUGGGCGGCAGCAGGAGCCCUGUGUUCCUCACAGCCCCGUCCUCCCACCACCUCCGCCACGCGCAGGCCUGCUUCCUGCCCAACGGCGCCAAGAGCAGAGCUGGAGACACAGGAACUGCCUGUCCACCUGCCCGGCCCACAGUUGCCAUCCUGGGCUCAGGUGACUUCUCCAAGUGCUUGACCACCCGCCUUCUGCGUUGUGGCUUCCAUGUGGUGGUCGGCAGCCGCCACCCCAAACUGGCAGCCCAGUCGUUUCCUCAUGUGGUGGAUGUGACACAUCAUGAAGACGCUGUGGGGAAAGCCAGCAUUGUGUUCCUGGCCAUCCGCCGUGAGCACUAUUCUGUCCUGUGGGACCUCAAGCAUCUACUGGAAGGCAAGAUCCUGGUGGAUGUGAGUAACAACAGGAGGGUGAACCAGUAUCCAGAGUCUAACGCUGAGUAUCUGGCUUUACUGCUGCCAGACUCUAUCACGGUCAAAGGCUUCAACGUCAUCUCAGCCUGGGCCAUGCAGCAGAGAUGCCCAAAAGACGCCAGCACACAGGUGUACAUCUGCAGUGACUCGGUGGAGGCUCGACAGCAGAUUAUGGAAUUAGCCCGCCAGCUCAACUUCUUGCCAGUUGACAUGGGCACCCUGUCCUCUUCGCGGGAUAUUGAGAACAUUCCCAUACGGUUAUUUCCUGGCUGGAAGGGCCCCGUCCUUGCUGCUGUGGCCCUCUCCAUCUUCUUUUUUGCUUACUCUUUUGUACGAGAUAUCAUCCACCCAUAUGUGAAAUAUAAGCAGAGUGACUUCUACAAGAUCCCCAUAGAGAUGGUGAACCGGACACUGCCCACUGUUGCCAUCACUCUCCUGGCCCUGGUGUACCUGGCAGGCCAGCUGGCAGCCGCCCACCAGCUCUACUUUGGGACCAAGUACAGGCAUUUCCCGCACUGGCUGGAGGGCUGGCUGCAGAGCCGCAAACAGCUGGGCCUCCUCAGCUUCUUCCUGGCUGCUGUACAUGUCCUCUACAGCCUCUGUCUACCCAUGAGGAGGUCUGAGAGGUACCUGCUGCUCAACACUGCCUACCAGCAGGUCCAUGCUAAUGUGGAGAAUGCGUGGAAUGAGGAGGAGGUGUGGAGGGUGGAGAUGUAUGUUUCCUUUGGGAUCAUGAGUCUUGGGCUCCUGUCGCUCCUGGCCAUCACCUCCAUUCCCUCGGUCCACAGCACGCUCAACUGGAGGGAGUUCAGCUUCAUACAGUCCACUCUGGGCUACAUCGCUCUGCUCAUCGCCACCCUGCACGGCCUGCUGUUUGGCUGGAAGAGAGCCUUCGAGGAGGAAGCCUACCGUUUCUACCUACCCCCCAGCUUUGUGGUGGCCCUGGCCCUGCCCGUGUGUGUCAUCCUGGGGAAGGUGCUGAUGCUGCUCCCCUGUGUGGCCCGCAAGCUGCACCAGAUCCGCCGCGGCGUGGACAGCAGUCACUACCGGUGCCAGCGCCUGGAGCCGGUGGGCUCGGCUGCCCACGUUUCACCAGAAAGAGUCACCAUCAUGUGAUCCCUGCAGCACAGAGCUGUCAUAUACUGCCAUUAGCUGUUCUAUUGAAGCAAAUGAAGAAUAUUUAUUUUCAUGGUUCUCAGUGAAAUGGCAUAUUAUCCGUACUUUGUUACUGUGAGCAGUUUUUGCUAACAUGUGGAUUGGGUACUUAUUAGCUGCUACCAUACUGACCUUGUAUGCCUAUUAUGUUUCAGUCUGUCCACCUGUUUUGUGAACGGCAACACACACAGAGAGAGGAAGUGGAAAACUUCUGUAGAUCCAGACUAAUAUUUGACCAAUACUUUGAUCCUGUCUUUGUGUUCCGGCAGACAAUAUGCUAAUACAUAUUCUGUGGCUUUGGAGAAGCUUUGUUACGUCCAGGAAAAUAACCCUGAUGAUGUCACAGUGAUGUCAAGGAUGAUGGAGACUAUAGAGACAGCGCACAUUAAAGUCUACCAACAGGGUCAAGUUUUUAUAAGCUGAGCUUUCAUGAAAACAAAAGUGGAUACAGACGUAAGGGGUCAGCAGAGAGAAUGGGAAGACACUAAGCUAACGUUAUGUCUGACAGACACAUAGUUAUACUAAAACGGACAUUUGGAUACUUGACUUUGUAACAACAUGCUUGCUGCAAACGUAACAUCGGACAUAAUGUUAGCUUGGUGUCAGGAUCCUACUGUCUCCCCAUUCUCUCUGCUGAUUUCUCACUUUUGUCUUUAUUGAAGCUCGAUUUUUCAGGUCGGCAGCUUAUAAAAACUUAAGUUAUGGGUUCUUUACCCUAUCGGUAGUGAAUAUCACCACACAGCAGCUGUUAGGCAUUUUUCUGUUGUUUGCUAGCUGAUGAAAAUGAUGAGGCGGCACCUUCCAGUAAUACAAGUCAAAGGAGAGCUGAGCGUUGUUUCAGACCCUAACCCACAGAGUCUCCAUGGAUUCAUAGCAGACAGCCUUUAAAAGAUGUGGCUGUUUACCAGACAGGGGUGGUCUGAUGAAAAGACAUAAUAAACAUAAGGAAUUGCAUUAUUGGAAGUGUAGGGUUCAGGGUUUUUUCGACAUCUGGGCUUCUGCUGCAAAUAUUCUAUUUCCUCAAUGAGUCCCUUGUGAGUCCAACCCUUUUUAUGUAAGUGCAAUACAAGUAUUCCUUUAAUUAUGUACAGUAUUUAUCUUAAAGGGUUGAUACUUUUCGUGAAAUACACAUUUCUUCUCUCUUCUUUAAUGGUGUUUUUAUGUUCUUACAGCUCAUAACAAAAUAACACUGAAUUGAAAGAUGUGUAAGCGACAUAGAAGAAUUCACACAUUCAUCAGGUCGGGGCAUAUUACUGGUUACUAUCAUCUCCUUCAGUGCUUGAAAUUGUUCUAUUUUUUUUGUUUUUUUUAGGUGACGAUGUUGCACUGCAAAUUGUCAGGAAAUGUUUCGAGGAUUUGUUGAGUGUGUUGUUGUGUUCUCUGUGUGCCAGGCCGUAACACUGGAUGUGGUGCCCAUGUGUCAUGCUCUAAUCCAUGAGUCAUGGCUUAGUUUAAAAUUAGGCAUUUCAUUUUAAAAUUUGGCAAAUUUUGAUUCCAUAGUUUAAGAAAAAUGGCUAAAACAAAGUCAGUUAGAACUCUCACGGUAAAUGAAGUGUGGAUGGUUUGAGUCGUCAGAUGAAACGACAAUGAUGGGUCAUCAGUGCGGGAGUAAAACUUGAAAGCUGUUUUUAUGUAGAGGGACCUGUAAUGUAGUGUACACUUUAAAAGAUUUAUUUUCUUUCAAAAAGUGAAGAACUUCUGCCAUGGAGUUAAAGUAACAACUAUCCAUCCAACUCCUUAGGUCAACAUUUGUUUUCUUUCUACUACGGAGUAUAUGCUUUUUGACACUAAUAACAAAUCUGCAUUGAAAAAAAAAUGUGCAAAUACAUCCGUUAGUCUGUAGACUGUCUUGUUUUCAGUGAUACUUUAAAACUAAACGUGAUGAUAAAUGAAUGGUUUUACCUGUAGCGGUGUCAAUUAAGAAUUUCAUUUGAAUGAAGACUUUCUAUUUUGACACACUAUCCUUGCAGUUAUUUUUUUGAACGCAGUACGGCACAACUAGGUGCUGAAUCAGUUAGUGAAGCGGUCAAGUCGAGAAGCCAAAUACUUCAGAUACUAUACUUCAGAUGAGCUUAUCAGUGUAUUUAAUGUACUGUAUGUGUAACAUUCCAUUAGCACGGCUCUGUUUAGCGCAGGGAUCUUCAACAAGGGGUCCGGGACCCCUAGGGGGGUCCUCAGAGUUAGCGCAGGUGGGCCGCCAAACAGUGUGUCUUAUUUCAAGAAUUAUAAUAAGUCAGAACACAUACAUUAAUAUGAAUGCAACAUUUUAACAGCAAAUAUAAAUUGGCCUAUUUUUGAAAAAAUAUUUACACAUGGAUGGUACGCUAGCCACUAUACAGCUAAACUUAAGGUGUCACUGUGCCUUCCAGAUGGAUGUUUAACAUUAAAACGUGAUGCAUAAAUAAUAGCUUUUCAUCCAUUCUGCCCAGUUUAAUAUGCAACUCAAUCGUAUCUAAACGUAGACAUAUAUGAGGUAGGGGGCCCCUACUCGGUCUGUCUUUCAGCUUAGGGGUCCCUGGCCUAAAAGAUGUUGAAGACCCCUGGUUUAGUGUCUCAGUGUGCUGAUGUGACUCCUUUGCCCUGCUAUCGUGUUAACUGUAUGUCACAUAGAUGAAGCAGUUUCUUACAGCAGGAAGAUGAUCGGUGAACUGGAAUCUUUCCGUCCCUUCACUUGCAUUACAAUGCAGCAGUGGUGUACAGUAACUGGAACAGGAAAUCAAGCAAACAUGUGAUG